CCUUCCCCCUCCCACCUCCUCCCCUCACACACCCCUCGCUCUCCAAACCCCCCAACGAAACCCCACCGCCGACCACCGCAAUGGCCGCCGGCGGGCACCCCCUGGUCGAGGAAUCCACGGUCCCCAUGGCAUCCGUAGACGACCCCUCCCGCCCCUGCGUCCGGCCGGCCCUCUUCCUGCGGCCCCGCGCCGGGGACGGCGCCCCUCUCCCGGCCCCGCCCGGCGACCCCAGCUCCUCCCCCGCCCGCGUCCGCGCGGUCCAGGCGGAAUUCAGGGGCUGGGCGUGCGUGCCCCGGCGGUGGCGGGAGUGGGUGGCCAAGCUCCGCCCGCGGCACGAGGCGCUAUGGCGGGAGCUCGGGAUCCUGGGCGCCGUCCUCGCCAGCACGUGCCGGGUGCGGCGGCGCAAGCACGAGCGCGCGCUGCUCCAGCUCGCCGCCUUCUGGUCCGGCGCCACCGGCACCUUCGUCUUCCCCUGGGGCGAGGCCACGGUCACCCUCGAGGACUUCGCCGCGCUCGCGGGCCUGCCCCUGCUCGGCGGUCCCCUGCGCGCGCCCGUCUCGGGCCAGCUGGAGAAGGACGUGGGCGCGAUCCAGGUCGUCCUGGCCGUGCUGAACCGGAGCAAGAAGAAGAAAGCAAGUUACGGCGGGUGGGUGAAGAACUUCCUCGAACGCGCGCCCGAGAAGGAGAAGGCGGCGUCGGCGGCCGCGGGCGUCGGCGGCGCGGGUGAGGCGCGCGAGCUGGUCGAGCACGGCGCGUUCCUGGCCAUGUGGCUGUCCUUCUUCGUGCUCCCGGGGCCGCCGUUCAACGUGGUUCGCCGAGAGGUGUUCCCCAUUGCGGCCCGCCUCGCGCGAGGCCAGAGGGUCGCGCUCGCGCCUGCCGCGCUCGCCAGCAUCUACCAAGAUCUCUCCGCGCUGAAACGCCACAUAAGCUUGGGCAAGGGAAAGGAGAUGUUUGUGGUCUCGGCACCAAUGCACAUCGUCCAGCUUUGGGUCUGGGAGCGUUUUCCCCAGCUUCGCCCUGAGCCAGUGAGCUCCCCUGCUCCUGGCAACCAUGACAUGCCAAGGGCUGCCCGGUGGCACGAUGUUGUCAAAAGGUUUAGCUCCAAGCACGCGCACACAGUGUUCAUGUCACCAAAGGAGUUUGAGUGGAGGCCCUAUGGAAGUUUCAGCUUUUUUUCUCUGCAGCCAGAGACCGGUGGCUCUUGGGUCCGCAGCCAGGAUAUAGCAACAAGUGAAGCGCUCUUGUCCUUUGCGCGAUGUUUGCACGCUUGUGAGCUUGUCGGCAUGAACUGCAUUGAGCUGUACAGUCCUCAUCGUGUUGCAAGGCAGCUUGGCUUCGAUCAGGACAUUCCUAGGAUGGUUCCCUGCGCAAGCUCAGAUUGGGAGAAAGCAUGGGAUACAUACAACAUAGAGGCCGAAAGUUCUGCAUUUAUUGUUCCAAAUCACAAGCCUGGUGUGACGGUUCAGUAUGAACGUUGGUGGAAGCCUUACUCAUCAGCAUGUGGUACUGCCAUUUCUAAUGCGGCAAAGAUGAAAGAACGCCGUGAUUUUAUUACUCCGGUGAAAAGAAAAAUGGAAGGGGUUCCUGCAGUUAAUUCCGGCAAAAAGCUGCAUGUGGACCCUGCCACCCGGGGCCGGCCGCCCCACAUACUGACUAGUUCUAACGUCUACCCAUCCCACUCAGCCAGCCAGGCAGCAAGAAGACGAGCUGCGGCAGUGCCAGGGUUUGUUCUCCGUGCUUGUCCGCCCCACCUAAGAUUUAGAGCAAUGCCCGCCACUGCUGCCACUGGGAUGCCUCAGCCAGCGCCAGAUGCAUCCAACGAUCCGCUUGAUCACAUUCUUCUUUCUGAAAGGCUCAAUAGCAUUACUAAGAUGCCUAAGCAGCAAAUCACAGAAUGUUUGGUGAAGGGUGGUGACCAGGAGCAAAAUGCUGGAAGCAUGCAACCUAGAUCUGUAAGUGUUGGAUCAAAGAAGGAAGUUUUACACAAAGAUGUUGGGCAAGCUUUGGCCGAUGCAGUGGCAAACACAGCUAUUGUAGUUGAUGAAUUGUCUGAUGGGCCAGUUACUAAAAAGGCACAGGGCAUAUGUUUCCAACAAAUUAGAGAGGAGAAUCUUAAUAUUUCCAGUGAGGAGAAUAAUAGCGGAAUAGAGAGUUGUCAUGUCCUGCUCCCUAAUAUCGUCCCUGGUGCAGUUAGCGCUGGAAGCAGUGAAGUUAUUGGAGCUGGGACUGAAGCUGAUAUGCUGCCAACACAUGAAGACUUCUUGGUGAUCCCUGAUGACGACGAGUGUGAUACAUCAAGUGGCAAGGAAUGUCAGUUGAAUACAAUGCUUGUGAAAUCUGUGGAAAACAAAAACACCCAGCUUGUUGAUGCAAGAAACGACAUGCAGGACAGCCAAGUUUUGGAGAAAAUGGCCGCGCAAAGAAAUCAUGUUGACAUUGUGGAAAUCAGUGAUGAUGAUCUUGAUGAAGAAGCGAGCAAGGAAGAUAUGGUGUUUGAUGAAGCAACAUGCAUGGAAGAUGGAUUGGGUACCAUGCAUAUGCAUCUGAAGUCCCCCAAGAUAGAAGCAACAUGGUCCACCAUCUUACAAGAACCUAAUGAAGAAAAGCAGCUGGUUGGCGAAACAAACGAUGAGCAGGACAACCUAGUAGUGAAGGAAGUUACGGUGCAAAACAGUCGUGAUUGUGAACUUGCAAGUGUUCCAAAUAACAUAACUCUCAGACAAGAGCAAGAUUUAUUAACUCAUGCUGCUACUCUUCAAAUCAAUGAUGGUCCCUUAGAAGGACCAACUGAAGAAUUGCAUACAUGCAUUGUCACAGGAGAGAUUAACAAUACAGACAAGGUGUCCAAGGAAAAAAUUGGUUCUCUGGAUUGCAAUGAGAAAGGAAAUGAAGGCAACUUAGUGUCAAACCGAGAUUUAGAAUCUCCUAUGGAAGAUUUCACAGGAGCAAAUAGAAACGGAUCAGGAGACAGCGAGAGGUCCUCUAGCAGGAUGUUAGAUGGAAAUACUGAACUUAUUAGCAGUGAAGUUUGCACUAAAACGCUCUACUAUCUCAGUCGGUUUGAUCGGGGGAGAGAUGCUUGGGACAAAGAUGCAAAUAGUACAGGUACAGGUCAAGAUGUUUACUUGCCAAGGAGAGCAGUUGGUACAAUGGAAAUGAUAAAAAAGGCAUCUGCGAUUCGAUAUGCCGAAAUUGCUGAGUUGAAGAAAAAGAUUCAUAUUCUGAAGGAAGAGAUUCUGGUGCUUGAGGGAGCUGAGUAAGGGGAGCCCUCGAAUAGUAAAACGCGACUUGAAAUAUACUAGUAUAUUGUACAAGACACUAAACGUGUCCUGAUGAUUAAGUUUAGUAAUAGAAUAGGUUAGCCUUGCUGGUGAAAUUAGUCUCUUUUGUGGACUGUGGCUGUCAAUUGUCAACGUUGUCCAAGGAUCCAAGUACUGAAAUAACAACAGCACUUCAGUCCAUUUAGGCUCCCAUUACUAGUUCAUAGAAUGGAAGUACUACUGUUCUUGAUUUGGUCUUCUCGGAAACUCUUUUGACUUUUAGAAUAUACCUUUCUCACGAUCUGCUGGUCUCCUAGGCAGCAAGUCUUACAG